UUGUUAAGCCUUGCCUGAAACGGCGUCACUUCGUGCCUUCCAUUUAAAAGGAAAAUCAGCCUAGAAAUCAAGGCAUUUCGGCAGAACAAAAGGGGAAAUUGAAAACCCUAAAAGCUUACCCUUAUUCCAUCCGCCGUUCGACCCAUUCCGCCAUUGUAAUCGAUGGAUGGUGGUCCAAAGUGGUUCCCCACGUUCAAGGGUCGUCGAUUUCGACCUUGAAAUCUCCUCUCAAACUCCGAUCUCCACAAAGGAGAUGAGGAUUUCAGUCGUUUAUUCACGAAGGUGCGGAGGUACGGGGCCGGCUGUGGGGGGAUAUGUGGCACUCGACGUGGGGGUGUACGGAGGUGCGUGUGGCUGUUGUACCGUGUUGCGGGUUGGGGGUUGUACGGCGCCUGGAGGCUGUGGUACUAAGCAAAGGCUAGGGUUUCUGAAAUUUGGUUUAGGUAUUGGGCCUAUCGGGCCAUCAGGGUUAUGGGUUAGAGAUGGGGCUGAUUGAUUUUGCAAAUGGGCUUGUAACUAGGCUAUUGAAUUUGAGCUAUAUAAUUGGACAUAUAAUGGACUAUUAAUAUUUGGAUUUUUUAUAUUAUUUAUUUACUUUUUUUUUGGUUC